AUUUGAACGUAUACUCUAUUACAUACGGAAAAUGGCGCCGUCUCCUUUUAGAUCGUCAUAUAGUCCCCACCACCACUCUCGCAUGGCGCAUGAAGGGCGCUUCUCGGUCACUGACGCCGUACAUCUUAAGCUCAGACUCCAAGCUCUCGACAAUGCCUUGUCAAGCCCGCCUCUGAAGCCCCAGAGCAGAGGCGAUGUCGACAAAAUCGCACGCGCAUGUGAAGCUCGCCCACGCCAUGAGGCUGUAUAUGUUGACGGCUCAGAGGAGUUCUACUUGCUCGUAAAGCCCAUCUCGCGACCAGACCUCAUCCCCGACGUCUACAUCGAGGCCUAUAGAGCUGUAUUGCAAGGAAGACCAUACCUGAACGAAUACAAGGUCUCAGAUUCUAAACAGGGCGUCGAUCCUACCUUCUCCAAGAUACGCAGUUGGCUCCCCAGCAUCGACGCUCUCUGCGAAACGGAUCUUGGGGCUUCAUUUUCUAGCCUCGAAGAUCAAGUAAAACCUUUCCCAUUCCUCCAGCUCCCCGCCGAGCUUCGUCUUCAUGUAUACUCGCACCUCCUCCCUCGUAAGCCGUACAUUAGCCUUCCUUCCCUACCGCAGCUCAACGAUAGAGCACCACUACGCCUUGAUAUCAUGCGCGCCAGUAAUCAAUUACACAAUGAAGUCGCCAAGUAUUGGUACGAGAAGCGCACACUUUUCAUGGUAGUAGCAAGGGACGUUCCGAAGUACAUGUCACAAUACGACAAAACGCUAGCCAGGAUGCCUCCGCAGACACGCCAGCUUUUCAAUAAGAUCGAGAUACAAGUCGGCUAUGACGCAACUCAUUCUUUCGCCCCAAGUCGUUACACUGAAAUACGCUCCUUCUCAGACUGUAUGCGCCACAUCUUAGCUCUCAUCCCGAAUCUUGACGUAGCUGUCAUCUCUUUUCAAGAUACGGGAUAUACGUUAGCUCCAACUUUUCACAUCACCAAGGGGACAACAGAGAUUGCGCAAUGGCUUGUCAAAAUCAUUCCAAGAUCAGUACAGAUACACUGGGAUGUUAUACCUUCGAUUCCGUCUUCACACAGAGUAGAAGAUCAACCCAUGUGGCAGGCGGUACAGUCUAGAGGGUUGAUAAAGACCGGCGAAAGCGUUUUCACGCGUGUUAAGUGUGUGGGUGAUGUAUAAUUGGCAGAAACAAUUAAACAAUGUAGAUUCUUUUGACCCG